UUCAAAGCAGCUCUUAAAAAAUUAAAAAAUUUGAACUUAUUUUUAAGUGAUUAAUUAAUGGAGGAGCAAAUUUUGAGCACUGAAAACUCCACUGCAGUUGUUGUAAUUAACAAGGCUAAACUGCUUGAAAUUACCGCUAAUGGAUCAUUAGAGUUUGAUGACUGGACUUCGCUUAUAUCAGAGGUUGAAAAAGAUUAUCCUGAUAGUGUAGAGUACAUAUGUUUAGUGUAUGAUUCGUUCUUGUCCGAGUUUCCUCUGUGCUAUGGUUAUUGGAGGAAGUAUGUUAAUCACAUUAUACGGUUGUGCAAUGGUGGCAAGGUUGUUGAAGUGUUUGAAAGAGCUGUUGCAUCUGCUACUUGUUAUGUUGAUUUGUGGGUUGACUACUGCUGUUUCGGGACUGUUUAUUUUGAGGAUCCAUCUGAUGUUCGUAGAUUAUUCAAAAGAGCCUUAUCAUUUGUUGGAAAGAAUUACUUAUGCCAUUCCUUGUGGGAUAAAUAUAUUGAGUUUGAGUUCUCUCUGAAAGACUGGAGUUCCUUGGCUCACAUUUACAUUCAAACACUAAGGUUUCCUACCACAAAGUUGCAUCACUAUUAUGAUAGUUUUAAGAAGUUAGUGCAAAUAUGGGAGGCAGAGAUGCAAUCUUGUAACACUUCCAGCUUGAUGGACUUAUCAGAGCCUAUACUUGAUAAUGAAGCUUCUACACAUUAUAACCAAGAUAAUAUUGUCCGCAUCAUUAAAGACCUGCUGGAUCCAUCCAUUGGCUCAGCUAGGUCUAAUGUGCUGCAGAAAUAUAAAUCUAUUGGAGAAUUAUUCUUUCAGAAAGCUUCUAUGUUGAAUGAAAAAAUAAGUUGCUUUGAGACUCAUAUUAAGCGGCCCUAUUUUCAUGUCAAGCCACUUGACGCCAAUCAGUUGGAAAAUUGGCACCAUUAUCUGGACUUUGCCGAGUUAAAUGGAGAUUUUGACUGGGCUGUUCAACUUUAUGAAAGAUGCUUAAUUCCUUGUGCUAAUUAUCCUGAGUUUUGGAUGCGUUAUGUGGAUUUCAUGGACAGUAAGGGAGGAAGAGAGAUAGCAAACUAUUCACUGGAUCGAGCAACACAAAUCUUUCUGAAGAGGGUAUCAGUGAUUCAUCUGUUCAAUGCCAGGUUUAAGGAGUACACAGGAGAUGUGAUUAGUGCACGUGCUUCCUUUCUUCAAUGCAAUAAGGAAUCAGAUUCAGACUUCGUUGAAAAUGUUAUAACAAAAUCUAACAUGGAGAAACGUCUAGGAAAUUUCAAUGCAGCUUCAACUACAUGCAAAGAAGCAAUAGAAAUGGCUGGAAAGAUGGAAAAAUGGCAUAUACUUUCAAUUUUGUAUGUUCACCUUUCUAGACUAAAAUUUAUGUCUUCUGAUAGUGAAGAUGUUGCUAGAGACAUCCUGAUAGAUGGAAUCAAGCACAUGCCUUGGUGCAAAUCACUUCUAGAGGAGCUAAUAAAAUUUGCAAUCUCACGUGGAGGGUCGAGGCAUAUGAAUGUGAUAGAUGCCAUUGUAGCAGAUGCUAUAUCUUCAGGCACAGGUGUACCUCAAGGUUUGAGUGCAAAAGAUAGGGAGGACAUAUCAAGACUUUACUUGGAGUUUGUUGACCUUUGUGGAUCAGCGCAUGAUGUAAGAAAGGCAUGGAAUCGGCACUUUAAACUGUUUCCAUUUUCUGUAAGGACUAUGGUGUUUCAAGAAGCUGCAGGAACCAAGCAAUGGAAACUAGAUUUGGAAGGAGAAGAAAUCCGUGUCGGUCUACCUCAUCAACCCUCUGAAGAUUCGAGUUCUCACUGCCUCAUUCAAUCAUCACUGGAAACAACUAAUCCUUCCUCGCCUGAAUUAAAGGACACCCAGGCUGCACAUCCUGCCGCUGAUCAAAUCUCUGACCAGAAAUCGCCAGUACUGAUAAACCGUGAUAUUUUACCUAAUGAGGUAUCAGUUCAAGAAUCACCUUUGCUCGAAGAUCAGAAUGAGCUUGCAAACCCGGAAAAAGUUACCGUGCUUCAAUUGGGAAAAUCUGACAACAUAGUAAGUGAGAGUGUAUUCCAGGUGUCAUUCAAAGUUUCAGAGCCAUCUGAGGAUGUUAGUGAACAAAAAUUUCACUCUCUUGACUUAGAAUGUCAAGUUGCCAAUGAAACUGAAAGUACUCCGGCGUUUAAUUCUUUGUCUAAAGAAGAUGAUGCUCAGAAAGAGGUGGAUCUGGAGUCUGAACAGGAUCUGAAGACACCUUCGCUGCAGAAACUAUCCCUUGAUCCCCAGGAUGCUAAAAGUCCAAAACCAAUUAGUCCCGCAUCGAAUGAGUAUGGAUUUCCUCAAAAUACUAUAUUGCCGAAGAGUGAACUAUCCGAGAGAGACAGCAUGCCAAUUGAAAAUAUGCUGGAUCGUGGUCAAAAUACUAACAUUAAUUCCAGUAUAUCCAGCCCCGGAGACACUCGAGCAACUGUUUCUGCCCAAACUAAUCGUGAGUAUGCGAGUCCUUCAGCGACUAAUCAGAUUGUUAUGGAACAUGCAUUUCCAGAGCAACAGAAACUAGGCAAUAGUGGUAGAAAUUGGCAUCAAAGGAAUAAUUCUGAUAGAUUUCACAAAGAUUCCAAAUUUGGUUUUCGUGGGAAUUCGAAUAGAAGGCAUUAUAAACAGAGGCAGUAUUCCCCUCAAAGGACAUAUCAACGUGCCGAAGAAGGCUCUCAAAGGUUCAUGAAUCAAGAUUACAAUUCUCAGCACCGAUCAUCACAGGAUCCACAAGUUUACCAAGGUGGCCAAGUUCAAAAUCAGUAUUCAGCUUCUGUUGCUAAUCUAACAGCACCUCAAGCUUGGCCGGCGCAGAACCUUGCUCAACCGCCUGUGCAGCCUACAUUGUAUCCUCAACCACAGCUGUCUCAAAUUCCUAUGCAAAGUACUGAGCUACAAGGGAAUUUGCAGACUAACGAAGCAUAUAACCAAAUGUGGCAAAAUUAUUACUACCAGCAACAGCAGCUUCUAUGGCAACAACAGCAGACACUGCAUCACCAACAACCACAACAGCAGCAGCUUUAUCAACAGCAAUAUGAGCAGCAAUUGUUGCAGCUGCAAUAUUUUCAGCAACAGCAGGGACAGCAGCUGCAACCGCAGCAACAACAACAAUUGGUGCUGCAACAGCAGCAAGUACCUUAUCAGCAGAUGCAACAGCAGCAAUCCUAUCAGCAACAAAAUCUAGUUUACGCACAACAGCAGCUACCGAAUCAGCAGUCUCAGAUGCAACAGCAACAGUAUCACCAACAACAAACACCCUCAGAACCGCAGCUUCCACACGAACAAAAUCUAGAAUAACCCAAGCAUCAAAUUUACAUUUCACGCGUCUAUGUGUGUAAACAUGUUUCUAAACUCGUAAUGUACCCCAAAAGGAAAAGAAAUGAAAAACAAAAAAUCGAACAAGAAAAAUUGGUAUGAAGCAAUGACCUGAGUAUUGAAUAUCAGGAAAAUCAAAUAUGUUCCUUUUAGUUCA